AUUGCCAACAGAUAUAAAUCGUCCUGAUCUUGGACCAAAAAUGUAUAAUGCUUACGGCUCUGAAGAUGCUGAUGGUGGAAACGGUACAACAAACCUUCACCUAGAUAUGACAGAUGCUGUUAAUAUGAUGGCUUAUGCACCAAAGUUUAGGAAUCGACUUGAACAUGAAAAACUCAAGCCAUCUGCGGCUGUUUGGGACAUUUAUCAUUUUUCAGAUCUACCGCGCGUUCGUAGAUUCUUGCGCAAAGUUGCCAACGAAAGAGGCUUACUAAUUGAUCAUCCCAUUCACGAUCAAUGUUUUUAUAUGGAUUCAACGUUGCGUAAUCGUCUUUUGGAAGAAGAAGGUGUUAGUGGUUGGAGAAUUUACCAGAAUCCUGGAGAUGUAGUAUUUGUUCCUGCCGGAUGUGCACAUCAAGUAUGUAAUUAUACAAGCUGCAUCAAAGUGGCUGUCGAUUUUGUAUCGCCAGAAGGUGUGGCACGAAGUCAUAUUAUCAGUAACCAAUUUCGUAAAUUGACUCACAAUCAUAAGAGAAAGAAAGAUAUUUUGCAGCUUCCUGUUAUUCUUUAUCAUGCAUGGACGACCUCAUCUACUAAAUAA